AUGCAAGUUAAGAAUAAGGCCAAAUUAAAAGACAAAAAUGUGGCUGUAACAUUGAUUCCAGAAGAUUCUGAGGAUUUAUGGUAUUUAUACAACUUAAUAAAGAAAGGAGAUACAGUUCAGUUGCUUACUCAUCGUAAUGUCAAAAAAGGAAACCAAUCACAAUUGACAAAAGGUAAAGCCAAGCUGGAGAAGAUCUUAGUUAAGUUAAGAUUACUGGUUGAAGACAUUGACUAUAUUGCAUCCGAUCAGACGAUGAGAAUCAACGGGAAAUCCUUAGUACAACAAGAAUACAUCCCUUUGAAUAGUUAUCAUACUGCUGAAGUGGAAUUAAACAAAGAGUUGACAAUCACCAAAGACAAUUGGGAUGAAUAUGAUAUGAAGUUAUUGAGUGAUUUGUGUUCUAUUGAAAAUAAGGCAGAUAUUGGUGCGGUUGUUUUUCAAGAGGGUGUAGCACAUAUUUGCUACGUUACUGAUUCCAUGACUGUUUUGCAAGCCAAGGUUGAAAAAUCAAUCCCAAGAAAGAAUAAUGAAUAUGGUACCAGAGACUUAGACAAAGCCAUGAAUUCAUUUUUCAACAUGAUCAUCUCUACCAUGACAAGGCAUUUUGAUUUUGAUAGAUUGAAAGUGAUUAUUUUGGCAUCUCCAGGGUUCUUAGCCAAAACAUUGUUUGAUAGAUUAAUGCAAGAGUGUUUGAAUUUACAAAAUUCAGGGAAAGAAAGCAAAAUUUACUCCAGUAUAUUGAAGAAUAAGAACAAGUUUUUGAUAGCGCAUUCGUCAACAGGUUACUUGCAAGGUUUAGAAGAGGUCAUGGAAGACCCUCAAACAAAGAAGAGACUAGCUGAUACAAAAUUUUUGGAAGAAACAGAGGCUUUACUGCGUUUUCAACGUGCAUUGAAUGAUGAUGAUGGUAGAGCAUGGUAUGGUUUAGAAGAGAUCACCAAAGCAUUGAAUAUGGAUGCAGUAAGGUACCUCAUGGUUUCAGAUGCUUUGUUUAGAAGUGAUGACAUUGAGGAAAGAAGAGAAUACAUAGACUUAACCGAACAGGCAAAAAGUUUAGGUGCAAAAGUUUACGUUUUUUCUAGUUUACACGAAUCAGGUAUUCAAUUGAAUCAAUUAACUGGUAUUGCUGCCUUGUUGAAAUAUCCAAUACCCGAUCUUGACGAUAGCGAUGAAGAAGAAUAG